AUGGGGUUUUUAACCUAUUUUUUUAGCAAUAACAACAAAGGCGUAAAUAAUAAGCAGAAUGAAGAAGAGAUCUGGAUAUAUGAUUUAGUUUAUGAACAUCUUACAUCCCCAAUCUGGAAAAUUGCGAUUAUGGAAUUCGUAGAUGAGAAUUGCAUUAUAUUUGAUGAUGAAGAACAAUACACGCUAGAAUAAGAAUAGAAAUUCCAACAAUUUAAGGAAUUGAUAUCCUCUUAAUUUGAUAAUAUGUUGAAUGAAUAUGGAUUAACCAAUUAGCAAUUGACCAAACAAAUCCUAAUAGGAUUGGCACAUCCUCAACAUAAGAAUAUCUUCUAGCAGAUAAUAGCAAUUAAUGAUUACAAGAUUUUCAGAAAAUAAAUGAUAACUAGAAAUAAAGAAUUAGAGUUAGAAGCAUUGGAGGAACUCGAAAAAUAGGAUAGGAUUUUAUUAUAAUAAUAACAACAUUUGAAUAUUUAGUAAUACAUAAAUAUAAUAUUACUUAAGAUAGCCAGCAGCAGAAUUUGA